AACUGUCUGUCAGACAUGAAUUGAUUCGUGCUCAGACCUCCCCUUCGCACAUUGAGCUGUUCAUCCAACAGAAGGCUCCAGAACAUAUCAGGGAGAGGCGGGAAGACACAGAGCUCGAGCAUAUUCAGCACAAGAGGCGGGAGAUUAAGUGUUUCCGCGAGAGCCAAAGCGCAAACCUGAGCACCACGCGCUGCACUUUCAAACCGACCAGCGCAGCUCGCUAGCUGCUCCCCCCUCCGCCGUCCGCUCCUCUAUCAGACCCACCGGACUUCACUGGUUCAUCCCUAACCGGACAGGCUCAGCUCAUCCGACCGGGAGACCGGGCGAAGCCAGGAGUAGGGGGACACUGAGGUGGAGGGGGGACAUGCUCGCUCAGCAACCCAGCAGAGUUUCUCCGAGGUGGGCCAAGCUGUGACAGAGGGCCUCUCUGGUGAGCCAACCCGCAACCCUGACCGCUCCAGCAGGCCUCACUUCCAGUCCUAACUACUGUGUGUGCCAGGACCAGGCCACCUCCAGCCCAGGCCAGACCACGUCUACCCCAGGCCAGCCCAGAGUGGGUCAGCCCCAGCCCAACCCACCACUUCCCCAGCCCAGUAGCGGCCCAGGCCCAGGCUCCAGAAGCAUGGCCUUCACCCUGUCAGAGAUCAUGGCUGCACGGCGGCAGCAGCAGUCCCAGGCCCAGCGGGCGGCAGGCAGGGUGGCCGUGGAGGUGGAUGAAUACAGCACCAACCCCACCCAGGCCUUCACCUUCUACAACAUCAACCAGGGACGCUUCCAGCCCCCGCACGUACACAUGGUGGACCCCCUGCCCCAUGACACUCCCAAGCCGCCAGGUUACACCCGUUUUGUGUGUAUCUCAGACACCCACUCCCGUACGGACGCCAUUCAGAUGCCUUACGGUGACGUGUUCAUCCAUGCUGGAGACUUCACAGAGCUGGGCUUGCCCUCUGAGGUCAAGAAGUUCAACGAUUGGCUAGGCACCUUGCCCUACGACAUAAAGAUAGUGAUUGCGGGGAACCAUGAGUUGACCUUUGACCAGGAGUUCAUGGCUGACCUGAUCAAGCAGGACUUCUACUACUUCCCAUCAGCCUCCAAGUUGAAACCAGAGAACUAUGAGAACGUCCAGUCCCUGCUCACCAACUGUAUCUACCUGCAGGACUCAGAGGUCACCGUACGCGGCUUCCGCAUCUAUGGCUCCCCCUGGCAGCCAUGGUACUAUGGCUGGGGGUUCAACCUGCCAAGAGGUCAGGCUCUGCUGGACAAGUGGAACCAGAUCCCCGACUCCACCGACAUACUGGUCACACACUGCCCCCCACUGGGGUUCCUGGACUGGGUUCCUAAGAAGAUGCAGCGGGUGGGCUGUAUGGAGCUGCUCAACACUGUCCAGAGGAGAGUACAGCCCAAGCUGCACGUGUUCGGACACAUCCACGAAGGUUAUGGUAUGAUGACAGACGGCACCACCACGUUCGUCAACGCCUCGGCCUGCACCGUCAACUUCCAGCCCAUGAACCCGCCCAUCGUCUUCGACCUGCCCAAUCCCACCAGGACCACAUGACUAGAGAAGCCCCGCCCUGCUGAGCCCCCCUCCAAUCAGGAGCCUAGUGGUGGGAAGGCAGGUAGGUGAGGGUGAAGGCCAGGUGUGGUGGUGUACUGUAUAUAUUCAAGGCUCUAAUGGAUGCUGAGUGUGUGUGUGUGUGUGUGUGUGUGUGUGUGUGUGUGUGUGUGUGUGUGUGUGUGUGUGUGUGUGUGUGUGUGUGUGUGUGUGUGUGUGUGUGUGUGUGUGUGGCACAACACACACACAUGCCCAAGUGAUGGACGAUGUGUGUGUCUAAAUAGACAGGCGCCAUUGCAAAUCCUCACUUAGCAAAUCCAUUCAUGUUAUUGUAUGUACUGUCAUUCCUUUAUUUCAACAAAAGCUCCUGCAAACUCUAAAGUAAGGCAAAAGACAGACCCCAGAUGCCUCAUAUGAACAUGUCAGCAUUAAUCUGUAAAUCUUCUGUUGCACUUCUACUGCACUGACAAUCUGACCUGGCUGUCAGAUAGAGAAGAGGACAGGGGUAACAGUGUCUCCUGUGUCACUGUUUGAACUCACAGUCUUUCUCUCAGAAGAAGACACUGGAUAACUCUCAUUCUCUCUUGUUCCUCAUAGAGGACUCUGUUAAGUCACCAGUGGAAGUUGCUCAGUGGUGACGUUUUGACAUUGUGACAUUGUGGUCCACCCUUCAUUUGAGACCUUCCCUGAGGAGUGAUUGAACACUUACCAGUAGGGUAUCAGAACAUUAACCCAAUGCCCAUUUUUGACUUUGUGGAGCUGUUUGCCAGCACAGAAAGGAUACCCCUGACAGUACUCUGAUACCACACUUCCUGCACUGCAGAUUAAAACACUGCUUUCCCCUCAUCCCUUUUUCUCUUGAUCCCUCUUUUUCUCUGCACCUCUAGUUUCACUCUCCACCCUCUCUCUCUCUCUCUCUCUCUCUCUCUAUCUCUCUCUCUCUCUCUUUCUCUCAGGCCUUGGGCAUGGUGGUUUGUGUGUGUGUGUGAGAUCAAAGUGUGUGUGAGGGCAGCGGGAGGUCUCUGCCACGGGCUGUGUGUGAGUAUAGGUGUCAAACGUGUUGACACCACUCCCCUGGGUCUCAUUACAACUCUCAGUAAGCCUCUUCUGUUUUUCCCCCUCUGUCCUUCUUCCCCCUCUAUCCUUCGUUGCAUGUGUAAUCAGCUCAUCCUCUCAUCUCUGGCUCAUGUGCCGUGAUCCUGACAAGUUUAUUUCCGAGGUCACCGGCCGGGAAGCCUGCAAGAUUUUGAUUCCGAGUGCGGAAUACUGGAAAUACGUAAUAACCAACAGAGCAGAUUGGCAAAUGUGUUUGCUCCCGACCCUGUACAGAAGCAGCGGUGUCUGGAAUGUUCUCACUGCUCCAUGGUGCCCUUUCUGGGAGAGAUGUAUCAUGGGAAUGAACGUUGAACUCUUAGUGGAUGACUAUGAGGUGUAGGCCUAAUGUACCGUAACUGAUCAAGAAGUUGGAACUGUAAAUCUACAUCACCUGUCAUUGUAAAAACAUGUUAGCAAUCAAGGAUUACUUCAAAUGUUGUUAAAUAUGUGUGUGUUGUUAAAAAAAGAGCCAGUGCAAACAAUGUUUACAUUUUAUUCUAAGUUCAGUUCUUUCUUAUAUAGGCUAAUAAAUGCUUAUUACUGUAAAAAAAUAUCUGCACUAUGUUACACUCUAAAAAAUGCUGGGUUGUUUGGUUGACUCAACUGCUGAGUUGUUUUCUUUAAAAACUGCAGAGUUAUUGAUGCUGGGUUAUUGAGAUAUGACCCAGCAGGUCAGGUCAGAAGACUGGAGGUGUAGUUUAGUAGGGGCGUGGCUUUCAGAUAGUUAUUUUUAACCACCCAUGUGAGUAAAUGUCAUUCGUAUUCAUCUGUUCUGUUGCAUAGUUAUGACAUAUUAAGGUCAAACAUUUAACAUUUUGUAGCUUCAACGACACUUACAGAAGUGUAUAAGUUCCCUAAAACCUACGUAAAUCCCAUUGUUGGGAUACAAUAAGGUGGUAUACCUUAUUAGGCAGUAAGAUGGUAUACCUUAUAAUAAAUCAUCUUAACAUUACAAAAGAAUGUGUGAAAAGCAUGUUAUUGACAUUUAAAUUUGCAGUAUGUACAUUUAAAAUGAUGUACAGGAAUGACAUUUACUCUCACGGGUGGCCAAUAAGAGCUAGCUGAAAACCACGCCCCUAAUAAACCACGCCUCCUGAAAAUAACCUAAGGGUUACAUUAAAAAAGACCCAGAUGCUAGGUCAACCCAGCAUGAGAGUAAAAAAUACCCAACUGAUGGUUACAUUAACCAAUGUUUGGGUAAUCCCAACAACCCAACAUGUUGGGUCAUUCAUGCAACCCAACUGGCUUUGUCAAAGUAACCCAACAUGUGUUCUGGCCACUACUUAAACAGCUCUAAAUUAAAUAUAAUUUUUUUGAGUGCACGGGGUUACCCACAACCCGUGUAGCUAUUAUUAACUCUUUCAUGUUGUCAAGCAGUUGUCUGCGUAAAAAGGGUUAAUUUUUUAUCUUUCUGAAGCACUUGUGAAUGAGCGUCCUUCCUCUGCUCGUCUGGCAGCCAAAGUCUUUGGUUGGCUAGCUGAGCUCAAAGUGUGGUUAGCAUAACAAGACUACAUCCCUGUUUGAUCUCUCUGCUCUCAGACAUUAUAUAUGAACAUCCCCUCUGGCUACGUUUUAUUCCCAGGGUCACUGGUGUUUCACUGCUGUUCUGCACAUUGUGCUAGCUGGGUUAUGUUUUAAUGGGGCAGACUAGUGGGCUGUUGUAGGAAUACAAAGACUAGGAUAGAAUGUUUACAGAUAAGUGUGUGUGAAUACUGUAUGUGUGUGUGUAUGUGUGCGUAUACCUGUGUGCGUGUGGAUAGGGCCAGGGGGUAAGCAUUCUGAGAACAUGCUUAAACGAGGGGGGGAGUCAUUGUCUGUAUCAUCUUCUUUUCUUUUAAAGGUUUCUGUAGGGGGAAAUGUCUGUUUGUUUUGGGGCAUUUCUUACUAUUCUCUUUCAACCAUAACUUUGAAAUGUCUCACUUUUUAUGCACUGUUCCUCGAUAGCUGUAUUCUGUAUUUCCUGUUUUCUUUGAAAACUCAAGUUUUGCUGUUGUAUUUCUUGUUCGUUCCUUGGGGCAUGCUGUUCUGAAUCCAAUAACUUCUGAUGACAAUCUGCUUGUAUUGUAUAUCGUUGUUACCAUUGUUUGGGAUAUACUAACUAUUGGGAUUUUUUAUUGCUUUAAUGAUGUACAAUAUUUUUUCAUGUGAAAAGAAGAAAAAUCCAACCAUUUUAGAAUGGUAUUGUAUAAUGUGUUGCCCCUGGAGACAACUCUGUAAAUGUAAAAUACCUUUCUUAAAACUACCUGGUUUUCUGAGAGAUUAUCUACACAAAUUGAAUUAAACCUUAUCUGUGACCAAUGGA